AUGUCUGUCACACCACCACGGCCAGGUUCUACGGAGCCCAUUUCCUCCUCGGCUUCAUCUGUUUCCCAAGAGUCAGUAACCGAUCCCAAUCAAGAUGAAUCCGUUGAAAUAUAUGAGACUAGCGUGCCUGAAGAAUCGGCAACGGGCACUUCCAAUGAAGCCUCAUAUACACCAAUUGUCGACAUCAAUCUUGUCAUGGAAACCGAUGCCCAAUCCGAGGAUGAGCAGCCAGUCACUACAUCUGUUCCUAAAGAACUCUCACCAGUAUCGCCGGUACCACUCCACGUCCCCGAACCUUCUAAGAUCCCUCUUCUGCUUGACCCAGCUCUUAGCCGAACAAUCCCAAACGAAGAGCAAAUUCCUUCUGAUAUAGGGUCCGCUCUAAGCGACCCAUCGCUGGUUGGGUCUGGGGUGAUUGAGGAAGGCAGUAAUGAGACAACCGGUGACAUUACUUUGCUUGAUGCUGCAACGGCAGCCGUCUCCGCUAUCAAUGGAGUGGGCUCAGCUGGUCAACCUGUGUACCGGCCAGAGUUAACCCCCCAGCAAGCCGUGUCGACAAGCGUCCAGAGUUUUCUCCCUGAAGGGAUAAGUCUAGCUUUGGAUAAUGUUGACACGACUAUGACCGGAAUGACUACGAUGCCGCCUCAACUCGCCGUAGAGCCCUCUUCCUCCAUCGAGAUGAGAAACAGCGAUGCCUUGCCUGAACCGAUGUCAGCCACUCAAUCCCUCAACCUCCAGGCCUUGCUCGCUAGUAUGGCUGGCCAAACAAAACCUGUUGUAGAGAACGCCGAUACCAUGCAGCAAAUCGACAUGCCUGCUAACGUAAUGCCCAACGGCCAACCGAGCGUAGGCAGUGCAUCUCCGCCAAUGUUCUCCCCCACAUCUUCCAUCCAGUCGCAGACUUUUCAGUCCUUAAAAUCCUCCCAUCCUUUGCCAAACCCACUCGCCCAAGGGGUGAUCUCUAUUAGUCACCCAACUAACCUAAGGCAUCCUCUACCUGAGAAUCCUACAAAUAUCCCUUUCAGUGAGAUAGAUGAAGGAGAGAUCACGUUUUCCCCUGAAGAAGAGAGGGCGUACGAGAACUUCCUUGCGGUAGAGCGCGACUACGUGGCUAAGGGGGAGUGGGGUCGUUUUCCAGUGGGUUCUCGUCUAUUCAUCGGGAACUUGUCAGCUGAUCGCGUAAAUAAGCGCGAUGUAUAUCACAUCUUCGCUCAGCACGGGAAGUUGGCGCAGAUAUCAAUCAAGCAAGCGUAUGGUUUCGUACAAUUCUUUGAUGUCACCUCUUGCACGAAGGCCUUGCGUCAGGAACAGGGCACUCCACUAAGAGGUCGUCAGAUGCACCUCGAGAUCUCAAAACCACAGCGCAGUUCAAGGAGCGGCGACCAAGUCAAUGCAAGGGUUAGCACCAACCGUAGGUCAAGGUCGCCUGAAGAGCCGAUGUCCCCAAGGAAUAGGGGUUCUAGCUACCGUGGCCAGGGAUACGGGGACAGAGAUCGUGAAUCUCGUAAUUCUCGAGAUAAUGGGACUCGUGGUCGUGAUGAGUAUCGUCCAGUCGGUGAACGCCGAAUGUCCUCUCCGCGACCUCAAUACGUUCGCGAGCGAGACGAUUACUAUGGUCGGGACUACAACCGAGACCGUUCCAGGUCUCCCAGGGGUCGGUAUAGAAGCCAGUCCCCACCCCACAGGAGCUCAUUUGACCGCCCUCGCCCUCAACCUUCCCAACCCCCUCAAACCAUUGACACCUUGAUAGUCGUUUUCGAUGAAUUGGACCCUGCCUAUAUAAAAUAUGUAGACGGCACGUUUCGAGACCGAAGACUGCGGACGGAUGUGUUCCAUAUGAUGCCCCGUAUCAACUUAGAGAGUCACAUUAAGGAGCAGGUGGUCCAAGGGUGCAAGGCGUUUGUGUUCUUGACGCGAGCGACCCAACAAGCCAGUAAAGUCUCCAUCCAGAUCUUUAAAGGCAACAACGGUGCUGCUGGCCAAUAUGAUGAAUACGACAUGAUACCAGCCGAUUCUGCAGCGGAGCUUGUUCGUCGGGCAAUUGGAAACCAGCCACAACCCCAACCUCAACCUCAACCCCAGCCACAACCCCAACCCCAAUACAACGGGCAUUCUCAGAGUAGUUAUGCUCAGCAACCUCCCGCAUACCACGGUCAACCUCAUUCUGCCUAUGUUUCUGGCAAUCAGUCAAUCUACCCAAUUAAUAACCCCAACCCGCAGCCCGUACAGCUAGCGCAAGCCGGCUUAACAGGCAUUUUGCAGAACCUCGACCCCGCGACACUCCAAACACUCCUCACACAUCUCCAGCAGCAGCAACAGCAGCAGCAGGUCACUGUCCCUUACAUGCAAGCAGCCCAGCAACUGCAGAAACCCGCGGAUCUCUCGGCGUUGCUCGGGGCAGCCGCCGGGCUUCCGCAGCAUCAGCAGACAUACGGUAGCCUAGCUACCGGUAUCGAUUAUCAGAAUCCUGCUCUUGUCGGUCUACUUGGUGGCCUGAACCCACACCCUCCACGAAACAGUGGAACUGUACAACAACAACAGCCACAACCUAAUCAACAGGUCCAAAAUAUUAUGAACCAACUAACCGGUCACUGGCCUCCUGGGCGUUAG